GCCACGUGCGGCCGCCCUCUCCGCGCCAUGAAGUUCCGCGCCAGGAUCACCCGCAGGGCCUUCCUCGAGCUCUUCAUCCACCUGUGCAGCACCCUGGCGAAGCUGGCGAAGCUGGUGGUGCUCCGCGUGUGCCCGGACGGGCUGUACUUCGGCUCGGCGGGGCUCAGGGCCGUCCCGGAGGCCAGGGUGUGGUGCGAGGUGAGGCGCGAGGCCUUCUCGCAGUUCCGCAUGGAAGGCCCCUCGGAAGAACACGACGAGAUCUACCUGGAGCUGACCUCGGGGCACCUGGCCAGGGCCCUGAGGAGCGCGGGCGGCGCGUCCUCCGUGAAGCUGCAGCUGACGCACAAGCGCCGGCCGUGCCUCACGGUGGCCGCCGAGCUGGCCCUGCGCACGGGCCACACCCGCAUGGUGGUGCACGACCUGCCCGUGCGGGUGCUGCCCCGGCGGGCCUGGGCCGAGUGUCCGCAGCGGCCGCGCCUGCCGAGCCCGGACGUGAGCGUCCACCUGCCGCCCCUGAGGACGCUGCGCAGCAUCGUGGAGCGCAUGGCCAACCUGAGCCAGCACGUGCUGCUGGAGGCCAGUCCGCAGGGCAGGAUGCACCUGAGCAUAGACACGAGCGCCGUGUCCAUCCGGAGCUCGUUCGAGAACCUCGGCCGCCCCCCAAGGGCCCAGCAGGACGGGGCUGAGGACAGAGACCCCAAGAGCAUGGCGCAGGUGCGUGUGGACAACCGCAGGCUGCUGCACUUCUUGGAGGCCCAGCAGAUGAACCCCACCACGGCCCUGUGCAACAUUCGCAGCGACGCCCUGCUGCACCUCGUUUUGCUAAAUGACGACGUCUCUCUUGAAUAUUUAAUUCCCACCGUAUGAAAGUUGAGCUAGCGUGGAUUUUGUUUGUUUUUGGACACUCUUUUCAAAAUUGAAAGAGACCCCCGAGUGACUUAUUUUGGGAGUCGGCCGUCUCCCUGACUUAGGCAGAAUCUGUAUUUUGUUGAGCUCUUUUUGCAAAAUUUAAAUGGAAAAAAAAUCAGUGAUGAAAUAGUUGCAUGUCUUGACCUUUUGUUUAUUAAUAAAGUUUAUCAUAUAGAUGAUUUCCUUAUUUAUGCCUUACUGGGAAAAGCAAGACAAAUGUUACAAAAUAAAAGAAGAUUUGGAUCCUUAAAACAGUUGUAUCAGUAUUUUAUGAUAAGACGGAAAAACUGUAUUGGUAGUCAAUUUUAAAAUAACUCACGUGGCAUUUCCUGAAAGAGUUUUCUUGUUUUAGGGAGCUGGAUCAAUCUGAAGGGUGGCAGGUAUGUAAUUAGCAGUCGUGUGCAUUACGAGGUCUCUGUUAAGCUAUGUGAGUUU